AUCGACGAUGGUGGGGGGGACGAAGACCGACAAUGGACACAAGGUCGUCGGCGUAGUACAGCGCUCCACUGCAAAGACGGUGCACUUCCUUCGCCAUGCCGAAGGAACGCACAACGAGGCGGCGCUCAAGGAGGGUCGAGCAGCCUUCUUCAAGAUUGAGCAUCUCGACGCCAGGCUGACUGAUCUCGGCAAGGAGCAGUGUGCGACUUUGAAGACGGCGAAUCACGGCAUCGAAAAGGAGGCGGAGCUGGUCGUUGUUUCUCCGCUUACCAGAGCCAUGCAGACCGCCAUGUUGGCCAUAGAUCAGGUAGAGGGAGUGCCAUGGGUGGCGCUGGAGUGCGUGCGGGAGAGAGCUGGGGUGCAACCUUGUGACCGCCGAAGAUGCGUGAGCGAGCUCAAGGUGGAGUACCCGAACAUUUCCUUCGAUGCAAUCACGGACGAUGACGACGCCUUCUUCGAUUCCCAGGGUGAUGAGAGAGAGACAUACGACUCGAUUGCCCAUCGUGGGAGAGAGCUCUUUUCCUGGCUGAGGGAUAGGCCUGAGACCAACAUUGUCGUGGUAACCCACAGCGGGUUCCUGUCGAGCCUCUUCAAGAGGGUCGUGUUGUCGCCACGGGACACAGCCAGAGGCUUCAAGAAUUGUGAGCUUCGGAGCGUACUACUGGACCUUUGAAAACGUUUCGAUCGAUGUUGUCAAGUGAUCGAUGUGGUUCGAGCUUUCCUAAGGAGCGGGUCAACGGGGGUGAGGGCGGCGACGACCCAUGGUCCGUCGCGGGCUCAGAUGCCCAAGAGGGAAACUGGGGUCACCUUCUGCUGUAAGAUAGGCGACGAGACCGAGGGACAGGAGAGCGGGGACCUGGCAUGCCCGUCGUUAGCCGGCGCGCGCUCUCUCUCGGAAUGUGGUGUGCACUGCCCUGUGAUAUCCAUUUUGCAACGAAUGUUGCUGUAGAGCAUGUGAACAUAAGUACUACGGGAAGAGUGGUGUGUGUAUAAUCUAGGACCUUUCGCAAUAGCUUUUUUCUUGGUUGCUGUUGUUCUGGCAGUUUUUUUUUUUUCUUGUCUCCCAUCAUUGGACUCUGUUGUCUGCCCCUCUGGCCCCUAUCC